AAAUCAAAUUCCAAUCUCUAUUCUCUAGUCUUGUAGCAUUUCAGUAGACAAUUAGAUUAGACAUAAUUCCGCUAGUUCGUGAAGUCCGUCCCCACCGCUUUAAUGUGUAACGAUAUUGUAUUAUUGUGUGUAUCAUCCGAAAAUAAGUGGGUCUAGUCUCCGAGCGCCAAACAUCGCUGUCCAUUAUUGCUGAGACGAUUGCCUAUUGAAAUUCACCGAAACGAGACGGCAACUGGACCAUUAAAUUUCUGCUUGAAUCGUUUUUUAUAACGGUGAGUCCGACUUGGCAAUAAUAAUAUGUGGUGUUUUCCGUGACGCCACAUACAUUACGUAGCGCGAUUUACUUCCGAUUGGAAUCUGUUCGAAAAAUGGGUUCCAAAAUAGAAUAUGUGGACUCGUCGCAGAUGUACGCCACAAACUAUGUGCGCAACGCCAAAGCGGUAGGCGUUUUGUGGGGCAUAUUUACAGUUUGCUAUGCAAUAAUCGUGGCAGUGGCUUUCAUCACUCCAGAAUGGAUAGGCGACACUACAACGUCUGAAAAUCCUGCUCGUUUCGGGCUAUGGAGCAGCUGUUACUUUGGCAAUGGUGUUUCGACUGCUGUCGAGGACUGUCAGGGUAAGCUGGAAGAUCUUUCCGCCAUAUCGAGUGUAGCCAUAAGAGUGGCAGCAAUUUUUGGCAGUGUGUCGGUGUGCAUUGCCUUAAUUAUUGUGGUGAUGUUGUUGUUGUUUUUCUUUUUUCAAUCGACGACAGUGUACCUUAUUUGUGGAUGGCUUCACGUUUUAUCUGCCGUGUGUCUGAUCGUGUCCAUUGUUGUUUUUCCAAUGGGCUGGGAUUCACCACACAUUCAGAAGACUUGUGGUCCCGAAGCUAAAAGCUAUAGUCUUGGCGACUGUAAUUUUCGUUGGGCAUAUUUAUUAGCAGUCAUUGCUAGUGUGGACGCACUUAUUUUAUCGGCGUUGGCGUUUAUUUUAGCGACUAGGCAUAUAAAACUUCAACCAGAACCCUUGUAUGCGUCUACUUUGCGUAAAGGUGAGCUCAAUAGUGGAUAUUUGGGUGACAGUAGUGCAUCAAUGGCUGGCUCUAGAAAGUCAUUGAAUUUGCAACCAGUUAUGUUAAUGCCACAGCCAAUGAUGGACCAAGAUCGAUUUUCUGAAUUUUCUAACAGGACGAGUCGCUCUCAUAAAGGUGCCAUGUACAGACCAGAAUAUGCCUCAUCCAGUAUUCAUAAUUUUCAACUCUAAUGAAUUUCUAAAGAAAAUCAUGAUACUUUAAGGUUUUAUUCUUUUAGUGAUAACUGAUGAAAAUAAAACAGGGUACAACUGUUAUUACAUAUGUAUGUUAAAUUAUUAAUUUGGAAGAUUUUAGCCAUUGUCAUUAAAAAUGGAAUGUUAAAGUGAAAUAAUUUC